CGCCUCUUCUACCCCUGGUGAUAUCAAUAUCACUUCACUGCUCUACAAUUCCAGUAUCUAUAGCUCUUCUCUUAUCUAUAAUAUCCGGAGAUAUCCUCCCAUCACUUUCGCGGAAUAUAAUACAUCAUCAUGGAUGAAUCAGGUCUCCCGCCCGGCUGGGAAGUCCGCCACUCAAACUCCAAAAACCUCCCUUACUACUUCAACCCCACAACCAAAGAAUCCAGAUGGGAACCCCCCGCCGAUACCGACACCGACAAGCUCAAAGUAUACAUGGCACAGCAUCACAGCGGACCUGCUGACCGUUACACAUUAGGCGGCGCCGGCGGCGGCCCUGUUGAGGGCAAGAUCCGCGCCAGCCAUCUUCUUAUCAAGCACCGUGGCAGUCGACGGCCCAGCAGCUGGCGGGAGUCGGAGAUCACGCGCUCCAAGGAGGAGGCGUUGGAGAUCUUGCGCGGGCAUGAGGAGCGUAUCAGAGCUGGGGAGACGACGUUGGGGGAUAUUGCCAUGUCGGAGUCGGAUUGUAGUAGUGCGAGGAAGAAGGGGGAUUUGGGUUUCUUCGGCCGAGGUGAAAUGCAAGCUGAAUUCGAAGAAGCGGCUUUUGCUCUUAAGCCGGGACAGGUCAGCGGGAUUGUCGAGACAGCUUCUGGGGUUCAUCUCAUUGAACGUGUUCAAUGA